ACGGACCGAGGACUCCUCUGGUCAGGUCAGCAACCACCUCCACUUCAGAACAGUACCUGUUGCGGGGAAUGGAGGGCCAUCGCCCGGCGACUAUAAUCACGAUGACUUCCGGAGACUGUUUUGGAUUCUGCCAUGUCGAUGCGAUGUUCCGGGUGCCAAUUAUUAGGCCCGAGUUCGUCAAACUUCGUGAGCUCCGUAAGGAUUCGAGAACAUAUCCUUCCAUGGCCAAUACAUCUCAGCGGGUGCUAGAAUUGCGUUUCGUGAUCGCGAGAGAGUGCAUUCAGAAACUCGAUUCAGAACGGUGAGAGAUUCAGAGGUAUGAUGAACCAGUACAUGAGGAGCACUCGGUCAAUGAAGAUGGUUGCAAGAUUCAAUUUCCGGCCGACAACUUUUACGUUCUACAAGCGGAUUAUUUUGAUGCAGGAUUAAAUUGAGCUCCGGUGGCUUGAACUCAGAUGAUGCAGGUGACAAGCGGAGGAGAGGUCAGAUUUGCGGAUCUUUGAGGUGAAGCGGGCUCGAUAAUCUUCGUCGUCUUGGAGUGUGUGCUACAUUGUCCUCGCUUGCGCUCGUACGGACAACGUGGCGCUCAAUGCAUUUGCCAACAAGUUUAAGCCAUGCCGCUACCCCUGUUCCAUCGAUCGAGAUGCCCGCUACUACAGUCCCCGCAAUUCUACCAUCGUCGUUCCUCACGCAUUGGCCACGCUUUGCAAUUGUGGACAAGCCCUGAAACACCUCAAUGUACGAGGCUAUCACCUUCGCACUCACCAAUGGAACACAAGCUGCAAAUCCGAAGACUCACUUUUUUCGCUCACCUCCCUGCCCUGCCAUUCGUAGUAUUACCAAUCCACUACUGACUUUCAGAUGAGCACUGAAAAUUCCUUGCUCGAUCCCGAUGUGUACAUCCAGCGCAAUCUCUGCAGAGGCCCCUCGAGGAAGUAUUCCCGGACACUAUAUUCGCGAGAUUCACGUGAGCUGAUUUCAGGCGCUAUCACAGGUCGAAUUUGGCCUCUGAGAAAGACCGCAGAUUCUGAAAGAUCUUUAGAGAGUGGUCGCAUGCAAUCCGACGAAAAUUUAUGAGGUGAGGCAGUUCGUGCGAGCGUUUGGGACGUAGAGCGGCACGGACAAUGUCAUCAUGCGCUACCAGAUGGCAUAUGCUGGGGCUUUCAAAUGUUCAUGGAGCUUUUCGGCAGUACCUCGUGCGAAAUAGGAGUUUCACUACGUCCGGAUUCCCGACGGACACCAUGGUGCCUAUUACCGACUUUGUCCUCUUCCAUGUAGAGAACAUAGGUCAACGUGGGCGGCUCGGGUUUCACGCUCCUAGAAGAUAUCUCCUAGUCUGCCAGGUGUUCGUUCGGAACAACGGAAAAUUGGCCUACAAUGGAGUAAACCCGAUGCUUACCGAAAAAAGCGUGUCAAUCUUUGUCACAUACCCAAGAUCCAUAAUUAUCGAGAGACAAGGCAUGAUCCGCAUUUCACGUUGCAGCAGUCAAACCUUGCAUCGCUUGCGUUUCUCUUGCAUCACUCCGGGCAUGAGGGCCCGGACUAAACUUCGUCCUGUCCACCUUCGAUUCUUGUCUUAUCAUACCUUUCUACUUGAGGAAAAGCUCGAGUAGAAGUGCGCAACUUGUUCCCAUCCGUCAAUGUUCUUCAACGUCAAAAAAUUUUGAGAGCAGACACAGCCGUCUUCUCCAUAUUGAUUCUUUAGUUCUUCCUCGAUUAAUAAAACCGAUGAAAUUUGCAGAGCUAGCAUAGUACCCAAGGUUAAGGCGUUGGAAGGGCAGGUAAUCCCAAGAUCAACGUGAAGUCCCAGAGUUCUGG